UGCACUACAAAAGCCAGGACAGCUGCUACCUCUCUGCCUCUUUCUUUUCUCCCCAUCGGCUCAUCUGAGUCUUAUAACAAUUUUCAAUUCUCUUUCCAACCAACCCCACUACAAUACCGGCACGAUGAGUGCAAUCGCAGAGGACGGUGAUGGCAGCAUGCCCGAGCCCGUCAAGGUCCUUUUCACUCUCCACCAAGGCCUGGACGCCCUCGAUUUCAUCGGUCCUCUAUCACGUGCUCCUUUGUGGCCACCUUCAAUUCAGACGACUGACAGAUCUUCUCACAGAAAGCAAGGCUUUCGAAGUCACCCUGGUCGGCGACUCCGAGUUUGUCACCUCUGCCCAGGGCGUGUCUUUCAAGACCGACAUGACCUUCCGUGAGGCUCACAAGCACCUCUCCAACUACGACGUUGUCAUUGUUCCCGGUGGCGGCACCGACAACGUGCUCAGCAUUCCUUACUUCGGCAAGAACAAGGGCACCGAGCCCAUGGCUCUCAUCAAGUCCUACGCCGAGAUCCAGACCAAGAACCCCAUGAGAGAGAGAACUCUUAUGUCGGUCUGCACUGGCUCCCUUUUCGUUGCGGAGACUGGCAUUCUGUCCGGUCUUUCUUGCACCACUCACCCCGACUACAUGAUCAAGCUUGAAAACUUGAACCAGAGUGUCUCUCACCGCGACAUGUCUGAGCGCUUCGAUGUCAUGGAAGAACGCUAUGUCGUCAACAACCUCCGCUUCGAUAUCAACGAAGAAGAGGACAACCCCUACAUCCGCCGUCGUUCCGACUCACACUCGGGUCGUCGUCCCAGCGGUGCUCGCAAGGGCAGCUUUUCCUUCAAGCAGAGCAACACUCGACGUGAGAGCAACGCUAGACGUGCUCAGCUCAAGCUUGGUGGACUCCGCGUCAUCACCAGCGGUGGCAUUUCGACUGGUCUCGAUGCUGCCUUUUAUCUUGUCAGUGCUCUGGUCAGCCACGAGUCCGCCAAUGAGGUGGCUCGCAAGAUGCAGUAUGAAUGGCACAAGGGUGUCGUUUGCAAGGGUGUUGAUGUCUAAUCUACCCCUCAUGUAUUAACAGAAGACUCGAAUUCGACGUGACUGUCAUCUUCGGUCUGCAGCAGGCAUUGCGGCAGGAAGCGCCUCUGAAACACGACGCUGACCUGCAAGACAAUCGCUAUGAGAUUUGCUUUUGUACUGUUAUGGCUUUUCCCAACCUGGAACAUGGUUGAGAAGAUGGAAGAAACUCCAGAAAACCCUACAUACCUAGCUAGCUAUGCAGCUUGAUCAUGAGAAUGAGAUAUGAACACUUUUACAAACACA